AUGGACCCCCGUGCCUUUGCUCUUUACUUCCAGCUCGUUUAUACCGGUCGCCUUCCAAGCAAACCCAAUGGCUCAUCCGACACUGAUCACGACGAGUACGCCCUCCUGUGCAAACUCCAUAACAUUGCGCACUCGGUCAAAGACACUAAGGCUGCAAACUCCGCUCUGAACGUUAUCUUUGCGAAGUCCGUAGAGAGUGCUAGAAUUCCAUCAAACGAGCACGUAUGGAUCGUCUACGCUGGCACUCCUGGCGCAUGUGGAGCUCGGAGGAUGAUGGUGGACUUCUACACUUAUGAGGCUACCGGAGACUUGAUGAAGGCGCAGGGUGAAGAUUCACACAGAAAAGGGUUUCCGCCAGAGUUUUGGAACGAGCUAGCGAUGAGUUUGGUGGAAAAGAGAGGCGUGCCAGAUCGACGGAUGACUAAAAUGACCGCAGGACAGUAA